ACGUUCAUCAUCGCAUUCUCUCAUUCUCUCUCUCACUAUAUCUAUCUGUCUUUCUCUCUCCCUAUUUUGUUUUAUUUUUGUUUCCGCGUGCUGUGUUCACCGCACCGUCAACCCUCUCUUUCGCUGAAACCUUCCUUUUUCUUUCCUUCUUUUUUCCUUCUUCCCUUCAUCGCUUUCAGAUCCAACCCUUUUCAUCCCUAUUUCAGGGAUCUAGGGUUUCAUUUCAUUUUUUUUUCCUUUUCAAUUUUUCGUUUCAUCGCUUCUAGGGUUUCGUUUUUUCGUUAAAUGCGAUUUCUUUUCGCUAUCAUUUUUCCUCCAGUUUUCGAUUCGUCACUCGUUUUGUCUUUUUUGUUGGUUUUUGAUUUCCGGGCUUCGGUUAAUUAGAAGUUAUUAUUCUCUCUUGAGAAAAAAAAACGAUAUAAAAAAAAUUCCGUUUUUUUUUUUGUUCUUGUUGUUUUGAGAAUUUGAGAUAAUGGGGAGUUCUGAAGGGUUAGGAGCAUCGUCGAAGCCUUCUACUCAGGCACCACCAAAACAAUACGGUGUUACGAAGCCAAUUUCAAUGGCUGGUCCAACAGUGCUUGAUUUAAAAAAGACUCAACAGUUGGAGAAGUUUCUCGCUGAUUCAGGUUUAUAUGAGAGCAAGGAGGAGGCUUCCAAGAGAGAAGAGGUCCUUCAACGACUUGAACAGAUAGUAAAAAGUUGGGUGAAGCAGCUUACUCGCCUGAAGGGAUACACUGAUCAAAUGGUGGAAGAUGCAAAUGCUGCCAUAGUCACUUUUGGUUCUUAUCGUCUUGGCGUUCAUGGUCCUGGAGCUGACCUAGAUACACUGUGUAUUGGGCCUUCCUAUGUAAACCGCGAGGAGGAUUUUUUCUACACAUUGCAUGAUAUCCUUGCUAACGUGGAUGAAGUUACUGAACUACAACCCGUUCCAGAUGCUCAUGUCCCAGUUAUGAAGUUCAAGUUUCACGGAAUAUCUAUCGACCUUCUUUAUGCAAGUAUUUCUUGCCUGAUUGUUCCUCAUGAAUUGGAUAUAUCUGAUGUCUCUGUUCUACACAAUGUUGACGAGCCUACUGUUCGAAGUUUGAAUGGCUGUAGGGUUGCUGAUCAAAUUCUAAAGCUUGUUCCAAAUGUUGAGUACUUUCGAACCACACUCCGGUGCUUGAAGUUUUGGGCCAAAAGACGAGGCGUUUAUUCCAAUGUGACAGGUUUUCUCGGUGGGGUUAACUGGGCACUUCUUGUUGCUCGAGUAUGCCAGUUGUAUCCAAAUGCAGUUCCAAGCAUGCUUGUCUCUCGAUUCUUUAGGGUAUAUACACAGUGGCGGUGGCCAAAUCCUGUCAUGUUAUGUCCAAUCGAGGAGAAUGAGCUUGGGUUUUCUGUGUGGGAUCCUCGUAGAAAUCCUCGUGAUCGAACUCAUCUUAUGCCAAUCAUAACUCCUGCCUAUCCUUGCAUGAAUUCAAGUUAUAAUGUUUCUACAAGCACACUUCGAGUUAUGAUGGAGCAGUUUGAAUAUGGCAACAGAAUCUCUGGGGAUAUAGAACUGAAUAAAGUUUGCUGGAGUGCUCUGUUUGAACCGUACAUUUUCUUUGAAGGCUACAAAAACUUUUUGCAAAUUGACAUAGUUGCUGCUGAUGUUGACGACUUGCGUGCUUGGAAAGGUUGGGUGGAAUCACGCCUUCGGCAGCUGACUUUGAUGAUUGAGCGUGACACUUUUGGGAAGUUGCAGUGCCAUCCCUAUCCUCAGGAGUAUAUUGAUGCUUCAAGGCAAUGUGCACACAGUGCUUUCUUCAUGGGCUUGCAGAGGAAACAGGGGGAGGCUGUUCAAGAAGGCCAGCAGUUUGAUAUACGUGGGACUGUCGAAGAAUUUCGGCAUUCUGUUAAUAUGUACAUGUUCUGGAAACCUGGGAUGGAUAUUCAUGUUUCUCAUGUUCGUAGAAGGCAAAUCCCAUGCUAUGCAUUUCCUGAUGGUUAUAAACGAACCCGACCAUCAAAGUCAGCACAACUGGAGAAUCCUUCAAAAUCAUUUCAUGAAAAUGAGAUUUCUGGGUCUGAACUUGGUGAGAGAAACUCUAAGAGGAAGCACGAUGACAGGGUUAAGCAGGAUGUUAAACUGAAAAGGCAUUCUCCCUCUCGUCCUUUGGAGAGUUCGACAAAAGGCAACUUGUGUCUCGGUGCUUGUGACAUGCCUGUUGAUUCUGUAUCUGAUUGUCAAGUGUCGAAAAAUGUUGAGAGUGUGAAUUUAUCUAACAGUGUGCAAGAUGAGUUGGAUAGAAGAAUGUCUCCGGAAGCUCAGACUGGCAGUGCAUCAAAUUCUAGCGUGGUUACAUCGAUUUCAAGUGACGGUGGCUCUCCUGAAGAUAUUCGAUCUGUAUCAGUGGCAGGUUAUGCUGAGGACAACACAAGGGCUGUUGAGGCAACAACCAAUUGUAGAUUUGAGGAUACCACUUACAGGGCAGAUUCUGUAAAACUUGGAAACCACAAUAUAUUGACCUGUGGAAAUAAUGAAGUAUUACAAGACGGGCUACAGACACAGUUGGAGCCAAAUGCAAUGUCGGGGAUGUUUCUUGAUUCUAAGGAAAGCUUUCAUACAGAAGCUAUGCAAAAGUCAGCAAUAAGGAGACUGAGUUUAACAUCAACCGCGUAAGAUAUCCAGCAAUUCAAUUGGCUAAAUCAUUCGGUAAAUCGACAACAUGGAGAGAUAGAGGAGAAAGCCAGUAAUUUGGUAAGUACUAAUUUAAAUGCUGGCCUUCAUUUUGCUAAUUUUUUCAGGCUUGCUUGUCAACCAAGCUUGCUUCAACAUUGCGACUGAUUGGCAUGAAUCUGAAGAUCUGGGGCAUGAAUUUCUUUGGUGUUUUGUACAGUUGAUGAUUUGAGUUUUGUGGUAUCAAUGUUGACUCUAAACUGACUUCAUUCAUUAGAGUUUAUUAGGGAUUCUUGCUGAACUUAGUGGGCAUACUUUAAAAGGCAUUUAAUGAUGUACUUUUCUAUUGUCGUCCCUUUGGGUAUUCUUUUAUUUUUAUUUUCUUUUGCAUUUUAGAUUGAGAGAGGGGGAGGAGAGAAGGGUGGGGGAUAUGAUCAUGUAUGUGUUUUCUUUUUUCUAGCAAAGAGGACCUUAUAUUUGAUUGUUGUACUUUCCGAGGUUAUAUAUGAACUCAACCUUUGAUCUGAACCUA